UAUUACUUUCCAUAGCGCAGGCAGAGUUAGAGGUGAGAGGCUCCUUGUACUUCACACAGAUUUACACUGAAGGCCUCUUUCCCUCAGCGGACUUCUGCUCCAGGACUAUGGCACAACCGCCUUCCACCGACCCCACCAAGAUGGGAGCGGGUCGGUCGAUCGCCGUGCUUACCUCGGGAGGCGAUGCCCAGGGUAUGAAUGCAGCAGUGAGGGCCACAGUUCGAGUGGGAAUUUACACUGGAGCCAAGGUGUAUUUUGUCCAUGAGGGUUACCAGGGUCUGGUGGAUGGAGGAGAUAAUAUCCGCCUAGCUACUUGGGAGAGUGUGUCAAUGAUGCUUCAGCUGGGUGGGACUGUGAUUGGAAGUGCCCGCUGUCAGGAUUUCCGUACCAAGGAGGGCCGCACCAAGGCCGCCUGUAACUUGGUUAAGCUAGGCAUUACAAACCUGUGUGUGAUCGGAGGUGAUGGCAGUCUGACGGGUGCCGACCAGUUCAGAACAGAGUGGAGCGAGCUGCUGGCAAUCCUACUCAAAGCUGGUAAGGUCACAUCAGCUGAGGCCAAGGCCUCCUCCCAUCUCCACAUCGUUGGCAUGGUGGGCUCCAUUGACAACGACUUCUGUGGCACUGACAUGACCAUUGGCACUGACUCUGCCCUGCAUCGCAUCAUAGAGAUAGUGGAUGCCAUCACAACCACAGCACAGAGUCACCAGAGAACCUUCAUCCUGGAGGUAAUGGGCCGGCACUGUGGUUACCUGGCUUGUGUGACUGCCCUGGCCUGUGGCGCUGACUGGGUGUUCAUCCCAGAGAUGCCCCCAGAGGAUGGAUGGGAGGAGCAUCUGUGCAGAAGACUGACAGAGCAAAGAGGCCGUGGCUCCCGUUUGAAUAUUAUCAUUGUUGCAGAGGGAGCGAUGGACCGCAGUGGUAAAGCUAUCACAUGUGACAACGUCAAAAAGCUGGUAUCAACCAAACUGGGCUUUGACACCCGCACCACCAUCUUAGGCCAUGUGCAGAGAGGAGGAACGCCUUCCGCCUUUGACAGAAUCCUGGCCAGCAGGAUGGGUGUGGAGGCUGUGAUGGCUCUGCUGCAGGCCACACCAGAAACUCCUGCAUGUGUGGUCAGUUUGUCUGGAAACAUGGCUGUCAGGCUGCCUCUUAUGGAGUGUGUUCAAGUGACUAAAGAUGUCACCAUAGCCAUGGGUGAAGGGAGGUUUGACGAUGCGGUGAUGCUCAGGGGAAAGAGCUUUGAGAACAAUUGGAACACUUACAAAAUGCUGGCUCAUGUGCACAUCCCGGAAAAAAAGAGUAAUAUCAACAUUGCCAUAUUGAACGUGGGAGCUCCGUGUGCUGGGAUGAAUGCUGCCGUGCGUUCAACAGUCAGGGUCGGACUCCUGCAGGGCCACCGGAUGCUGGCAGUGCACGACAGCUUCGAUGGCCUGGCUCAUGGAUUGAUUGAGCCUAUUGAUUGGUCUGGAGUGGCAGGAUGGACUGGAAAGGGGGGCUCCAACCUGGGAACAAAAAGGGCACUACCACAAGACUUCAUGGACGAUAUCAGUCUGAACAUCGCUAAGUUCAACAUUCAUGCUCUAGUCAUUAUUGGAGGCUUUGAGGCUUUUGCUGGGGGUCUGCAGAUGGUGCAGGCUAGAGAGAAGUUUGAGGAACUUUGUAUUCCUAUUGUCGUAGUUCCUGCAACUGUCUCCAACAAUGUUCCUGGAUCUGACUUCAGUAUUGGCGCUGACACUGCACUUAACACUAUAACCAUGACAUGUGACAGGAUCAAACAAUCUGCUGCGGGCACAAAGAGAAGAGUGUUCAUUGUUGAGACUAUGGGAGGACACUGCGGCUACCUGGCAACCAUGGCUGGCUUGGCAUCUGGUGCUGAUUUUGCUUAUAUUUACGAGGAGAAGUUCAACAUUCAUGAUCUAGAGUUGAAUGUGGAACAUCUGGUGGAGAAGAUGAAGACAACAGUGAAGAGAGGACUGAUUCUGAGAAAUGAGAAAUCCAAUGCCAACUAUAACACAGACUUCAUCUUCAACCUGUAUUCAGAGGAAGGCAAGGGUGUGUUUGACUGCAGGAAGAAUGUACUUGGGCACAUGCAGCAGGGUGGAACUCCAAGUCCCUUCGACAGGAAUUUUGCCACCAAAAUGGGGAUCAAGGCAGUGCUAUGGUUGACUGACAAGCUAAAGGACUGUUACAGACAUGGUCGUAUCUUUGCCAACUCUCCGGAUUCUGCCUGUGUGCUGGGCAUGAAGAAGAGAUCUUUGGUCUUCCAGCCUCUGUCAGAACUUAAAGAUCUCACUGACUUUGAGCACCGUAUUCCCAAGAUACAGUGGUGGCUUAAGCUGAGGCCCAUCCUGAAAAUCCUAGCCAAGUACAAAACGGAUCUGGACACAACUGAAAAGGCUGAGAUAGAACAUGUCAUCAAGAAGAGAGCUGGUGUUCCUUAGUUGCCGUUGUAUGUCUAUUUGUCUUCUCUUAAAAGCACUUUGUAAACACCGACUAUGAAAAGUGCAAUAUAAAUAAAGAUCACAAGUAUAUCCCCACACA